AUGAGUGCUAUUUUGUCUGCUGACGAUUUGAACGACUUCAUCACUCCGGGAGUGGCCUGUGUGAAGCCUGUGGAGUCGGUCAACACUGGUCGCGGCAGCGGGUCGUCAAAUACAGGCGGUCCCGUGGAGAUCCAGAUCGAUUCCCAAGGUCACGCCCUCGAGGUUGAGAUCGAUGGAACCAGUUCCCGGCUCCAGGAAGCACAGAUUUCUCUUGCCGACUGUCUAGCCUGUUCCGGAUGCAUCACGUCUGCAGAGGAGGUUCUUGUUGCGCAGCACUCUCAUAAGGAACUGAUCAACGCUCUCAAACAAGAACAAGACAAGAAAAUAUUCGUCAUGAGCAUCAGUCACCAGUCGCGAGUCUCGUUGGCGUUAGCGCUGAAACUAACUGUCGAGCAAACAGACAAGCUGCUUGUGCACCUGUUCGUGAACAAUCUGGGGUUCAAAAACGUGGUUGGUACCGGACUUGGCCGCCUGAUUUCCACAGACGUCUUAUCGCAGGACAUUAUACAAAAUAAGCAGACUGGCGCAAAAGGCCCGGUCUUGACGUCAAUUUGUCCCGGAUGGGUUCUUUAUGCAGAGAAGACGCAUCCGCAUAUUCUUCCCAGGUUGAGCACUGUCAAGUCGCCCCAACAGAUCACUGGUUGCAUCCUGAAAAGACUGGUUAGUAAGCAAUACGGGUGCGGCUCGGACAAGGUUUACCACUUGUCGAUUAUGCCGUGUUUUGACAAGAAACUCGAGGCCGCGCGGCCCGAGGACGAACAACCAAACGAAACACCGGACGUGGACUGUGUGAUCACUCCACGGGAGCUGAUCCAGCUGCUCCAGGACGAGAAAAUUAAUAUCGACCAAAUCAUUUCGGAGAUCGAGCAUGAACAGACACCAAUCGAGGCUGUCUACGAGCGGUAUGCACCGAACGGUUGGCCGGACGCCCAGACCUCUUGGCUCAACAACGAAGGAUCGUCGUCGGGCGGAUACGCAUACCAAUACUUAUUACAUCUGCAAAAGCAGCAUACAGGCGCAGAAAUCCAGAUUUUCAAUGGAAGAAACCCUGACAUUUACGAGCUGCGUCUAAUUAAACGAGGCGAAGUAAUGGCGUCUGCAGGAGUAGUGAAUGGAUUCAAGAACAUUCAGAAUCUGGUGAGGAAGCUGAAGAAUGGUAGCACAAAAGUGGGGGGAGGUCUUGCAGCCAGAAGACGGGCGAGAGCGGGGCAAGAUGCGGAGAUUGGGGUGGACCAGGGCCCCCAAGUGCACAAGUGUGAUCUUGUGGAAGUGAUGGCAUGUCCUGGCGGCUGUAUAAACGGCGGUGGACAAAUAAGUGGUCCUACGGAGAUAGGAACUAAGGAGUGGCUGAAGGAGUUGACGCACCUGUACACCGGGAUGGCGGUUAACGGUUUGGAAAAUAAUGAGGCGGCAAACUGGCGGCUACAGUUUGAGCAGGAAUACGGAAUAAGCGAUACACGGAUGGUUCGGACCCGGUUCAAAGCCGUGGAGAAACCAACAGAUACAACAUCGAUAGCUCUUGGGUCCCGCUGGUGA